UUUCAGAGUUGGUGGCGUAUACACUUCAUUUAUUUCAUAAAACUUAUUACAAAAAGAUGUCUAUGCAGCAGUAUCGAAAUGAAAAGAAAGUAAUCGAAGAAGCAGUAGCAAAAGUGCGUGAGGUGGUACAUACGGCAUCGAAGAACGACAUCAUUCUUGCACUUCAUAAUUUCGAUUUCGAUGUUAACAAAACUAUACAAGCCUUUUGUGAUGAUGGUGCACAGAGCGCUUUAGGUUCGUGGAAAAGAUCUGGCACCUCUAAUAAAAGAAUCAAAAAAAGAAGAAGAUGACCAAGGACCAAACGGGUGCUGCAGCAACUGUAUCUACACUUUCAUGCACCUGUGCACCACAUUCUACUCCUAGAACUCUGAGUGGAGUGGUCUCAUCGCCUAUCACCAACGGAAUUAUGGAAGUAGCGAAUUCACGCAAUCGAUCUGAGGUUGUGCCAUUAUCAACGUCUGAGUCGCAAAAACUAGUGGCCAAUGCUGGUGGUGCUAAAAUGCCUUCCGCUAGUUGUGUUCCUUUCAAAUCAGCAACAUCGAUCGAAAUCCAGAAUCUUGAGAAUGAUCGCAUCGAUGGAGAUGUUGCAGGUGCGACAGGACUACAGGACCAUGAUAGUGAAAUUGAAAAAAUAGAAACCGUUUUUGAAAACCAAAUUUCUAUAGCGGAAGAGAAUGUGAGAAAUUCAUUUAAGUGUAUACGCCAAAUUUUGGCUGAACGUGAAAAUCAUUUGUUGGCGGAAUUACAACGAACACAUGAUGAAGGGACACGGUUUUUCAAUGAACGUCGUCUGCAAUCUUGUGAACUGUACGAUCGUGCCAAACGAAUGAGCGCAAUGAGUGAUCGUGAACAGGCAGAACUGCGUGGCGAAAUUGCAAGAUUUAAUGCGGAAAAACAAAAGGAAGAAGAAAUCGCUCUUGCAAGUCGUUUCCAUUGCGAUAGUGAUCAACUCAUCAAGCUUGUUAAAAAUUUCGGCGAAGUGGUUGCUGUGAAUAAUACAAUCAGAAGUGAAACAAAUUUAGUAGCGCGUCAAGCAGGAAAUGCUGUAUCAGCGUAUGUAAUGAAACAUUCGACAAGUCAUUCGUCCAUUGUAAGCUCACUCGGUGAAGAUUCAGGCCUCGGACAAAUUAGUCCAGUUGGAAAUGAGGACCGUAAAAAUGUAGCGGAAAUUUCAAAUGGAGGGAUUCUGAUGAAAUCUGACGCUUUGACUGCCGAACAACUCGCGGAUCUCAAUAAAAAACUGCAGGAAUCACUCAAAGCACAGGGUAUUGAUGCUUCGAUUUUAUCUGGUAUUGGUAGUAGGAAUGGAAUGCCAGCCAGACGACGCCCUCCUGGUAGUGGACGAGGUGGACAGUCAAAUUUAGCUCGAGGAGGGCGAGGAAGAGCUCAAUUUAGCAAUGGUAGCGGCAAAACAUCGCUUGUUCGCGUUCCUGACCUUUUUAUUUUGGAAUCUUAGGCCAAAAAUUAUUACAUACUUCAGCUCGAAAUAUGUUCGGUCAUUUGCUCAUUUCGAAAUGUUUAAUUUGGAUUUUAUUUUAAUCACGAAAAUAUUUAGUCACUUACUUUUGAAAUCGUUGUACUGAAUAGCUGGUUAAAGAGUUUUCAUUUGUAAUAUUGCUUGGAGCCAAAUUCAUUUUCAACUGUUUGAGGUAAUUAUUGUAUGAAAAGUGUGCUAC